AUGAAUGACUAUGUGUGUAGAAGGUUUCUUCUUGUAAGGAACUGGUUUCCCGAUCAAUUGGUUAAUGGAGAGUAUACAUUUAAUAAUGAUGAUGAAAAUUUCAAAAAGUAUUGUACUAGUAAUCAAUGUAGUAGUAACCUCGAAAAAAUUAAUGCUGGAUGUUUAUUUUUGUUUGAUGCAUUUUUUAAGGAUUCUUCUUCGUUUAAGUAUCAUAAUAACAUCGAUAUUGUUGAAUACAUUAUGAUAUGGUUAAGUUAUAUGUUGAGCCUAAAGGAACAAUCAGGAUCGACGACGAAUCUAGAAUAUUUUAAUAAAACAUAUAUAAAUAGUAAUGAAAAGUAUACAAAUUCUAUAACAGAUGUUACGGAGUAUAGUAGUUAUAAGGAUCUUAUAGAUAAAAAACAUGAUUUGACGAAAGUGGAUAUUAAAUAUAUAUCUAAAUUUUAUGCUCCAUUUAAAUUAUUAUGUGAAAUGUAUACUAAUUUUGAUGAAAAGACAUUACAUUGCUCAAUUUGUUCGGAAAAUGCUAAUAAAUUUGUUAAUAAAUAUAAAGAAAUGAGUAAAAAUUCUGUUAUUACUAGUAAUAGUUCCUAUAAACAACUAUUGUCGACUUUAUCAAAUGAAUAUAAUAAUUUUAAAAAUUAUUGUAAUAGUAAAGGUGGUAAUUGUAAAAAUUAUCCACCCCUUGAAACGAUAGAAAUAAAAACUUCUGCACAAAAUUCUGACCAAAUUUCUGAGCAGCUUUCUACACAAGGUUCUGAACAAAUUCCUGAACAGCUUUCUACACAUGGUUCUGAAGUUACAUCAUCAAAUUCUUCGAUAACAAACAAAUUAUUACUAGUUUUAUUGAUAUUUGGUGCAAUAGCAUUUUUUUUAGGAAUUUCUUACAAGUAUUCGUUAUUUGGAUUUCGGAAACGAGCUCAAAAACAAUAUUUAAGAGAAAAAAUAAAAAAUAUAAAGAAGGGAAUGAAUCAUUAA